UCGCCCAGACUGCUUUCACUCCAUUUGGGGUCUGAUCGAAAACAAUGCUCCUCUCUGCAGUUACGCCCCAGACCCUCGUCGGUAACUCCGGCUCCAACACCACCUCCAGCAACUGUAAUCUCCUCGUCUGCCCUAAUAACCACAAAGUCCACAGCUUUUGCAGGCCGAACGGUUUUACUCAGAAGCCACUCAUUCUCACCAACUCUUCCAAUUCACUCGCCAACAACACCUCCCAGCUCCAAAACCCUAACUCCAACUCUAAGACGCUUCGUCAUGACAGCCUCACUGAUUCUGAUGAAACUGAGGGAGCCAUGGUUGCUUCGGCCUCCGCGGUGGCAUCGGCCAUACGCAGAGCUUCCACAUCUCCUGUCGAUUUCAUCCAGAGGAUCGAGAAGAAUCAAAAGAACGGCCUGGUACUACCCAGCCCGGACUUUCAGAGACUCUGUCUCGAGCAAUUGGACCUGUUUCACAGAAUCGUUGAUCCCAAUGCCCUGCUUUCGGUCUAUGUAAGGCCAGCUGGUAGUUAUGUUAUGGAUCGUCUCGAGCUGCGUAGAGUUACUUUUUAUCCAGGAGUUAAUGGAGCUGACAUUGUGAUAUUAGUUGGAAAUUUUAGUAUCCCGACAGGCUUUCGAGUGGCUGAAGCUGCCCUCUCUAAUCAACAAGCAGAAGUUAUACCAGAGUGUAGAGCUGUGGUUUUUCCUAUGGUCAAACACCCAUUUGUUGUGGGGUUUUUGGUUGCUGAGCUUCCAAUGGUGGAAGAUGAAAGGGAAAGGCACCCGGUAACACAUUGCACCUCUCCCGAUGAAUCUUAUGCUUUGCCUCCGCAAUCAGAUAUGAAGUUAGGGGAAAUUCAGGCUCUAGAAGAAGAAGGACUGAAAUCUUACAAGUUUACCGAGGAGCAGAGAUUAAAUGCGAUCAACAUUUCUCGCUCUCUAGCAAUGGCUUAUGUUAUGGAUCAGAAAGCAAUGUUACUCCAACAAUCAUCCUGGCAAAAUAAUGUCAGGAUGAGUGAUUUGGUUGAGCAAAUCCGUGGUCCUCUUUCCAGUAUUCGAACUUUAAGUAAAAUGUUAUCUCUUCACAUGAAGAGAAGUGAGAUUGCUAAUGAUAUUGUUGAAGACAUAGUGGUGCAAGGUGAUCGCAUGAGAGAUGCCCUUCAACAACUGCAGGAUGCUGUUCACCUGACAAAGGCUAAUAUAGUGCGAUACAAUGAGGAAACAUUGAAGAAAAUGUACAAAUCAACUUAUGCCCAUGCUGAUUCAGUUAAUCAAUUAUCAGAUAACUUUUGGAGGGAAACUUCCAGUAGUAAGGCAGAAGAAUCUGGUGAACCACUUUCUUUAACUUCUGCAGCCAAUGAUUUAGACAUGCCUACACCUCCUCUUGCUCUUGCACGUGUAUCACAGCAUGGCAUCAGACCAUGCAAUGUUUAUGAUAUACUGGCAGAUUUGGUUGGGGCUGUUAAACCUCUUGCUCAUAAGCAACAACGUGAGGUGGAGCUAAUUGGACGCUCACAAACAUUGCAAGUUGCUGUUGAAGAACCUGCUCUGAGACAAGCUUUGAGCAAUUUAAUUGAAGGUGCAUUAUUGCGUACACGUGUUGGGGGAAAGGUUGAGAUAUUGUCUACUGGAACACCAGCUGGUGGUGCUUUUGUUGUGAUUGAUGAUGAUGGGCCUGAUAUGCACUACAUGACACAGAUGCAUUCUCUCACACCAUUUGGAGCAGAUCUCUUCUCAGACAAUAUGCUUGAAGACAACAUGACAUGGAACUUUGUUGCUGGCCUGACUGUUGCUUGUGAGAUACUUGAGAGUUAUGGCUGUGUUGUCCAUGUCAUAUCACCACGUUCUACAGAUGCUGCCCUUGGAGCUGGUGGCACUCGUGUAAAAAUCUUGUUACCUUCUCUUGAUGCUGCUUCUGAUCUAAAUAGCUCCUAGAACAAAACUGGGACUGUCUGCUAUACAGGCCAUUCCGUUAAACAUAAAACGAAUUUCUUUGUCCAGUUUGAGAAAUGACAAAGAAUGAGUUGUUGGCAGAUGCAGUGAGUUUUUGCCGGUUCAAUGCAUCCUCUUUAUCUGUUAUUUGUGGGGAUUUUGUAUAGUUUGCUUUAUUCUUAUUGCUGCAUAUGCAGCCAAAAGAGAUUGUUGUAAAUAACAAGCUUUUAGAGUUUACUGGAAAUUACAGUAGUUGAUAGAUACUGUUUAAUGA